UGCAACAAGACAGAAGAACAAAAAAAAUUGAGAGGGAUUGUUUUAAAAAAAAUGGCCAAGAUUUAAAACGAGUGAAAAAGCAGCAGCGAUUUCUAAUGUAGAGACGGAAAUUAUUGACAGGACAGCGCUGGGAGGGGAGGCUACAGUAAAGAGUUCGGUGAUGCAAGACGCAAAACUGGAUGAUUUCAUUUGUCACCUUCGCAAAGAAAUGAUAAAUAUGAAGGAGGCAGGGGCUUGUCUUCGAGAUCAAAUGCAAUGUAUGAUGCAGGCAUUGCAGGACCUGAAGCAAAUUCACAACAUCAGCACCCUGAGCCUGAAGGAGGAGGAGGCAGUACCACUGGCCCCUGCCAAGGGAAGGAGCUCACAUAGUUUUACUUCUGAUGUUUCUGAAUCGGACACGUAUGACUCAGCUUGUUGCCUGGCAUCUCCGAGAAGUGAGGAGGAAGGCAGCCCAUCAGUAUUUGCAUCACCCAGCAGUGACAGAAGCUUAGAGUUUGACUCGGGCUAUUCCGAAGCAUCUGGGCCCACAUUGACAAAGGCAGCACGAGUAGGAAGCUCACCAUGUUUGAGGGAGAAUAGACUUCCCAGUGCUGGGAUCUUGAGAAAUAAGAUUGGCUUGGGACCAAACAGAAAAAUAAGACCUAAAUCGACUUCUGAUGUUUAUUCAGAACAGUGCUCCUGGAAGAUUUUCGAUUAUACAGAUCCAAAUGACUGGACAGUCAAUUUGCUCUCCCAAAGCAGGAAUAGGCAGCCCCUUGUACUGGGAGAUAACUGUUUUGCAGAUCUGGUCGAAAACUGGAUGGACCUUCCAGAGGAGGCUGAUGAGAUGACGGAACCAAAGGCAAAGGAUCACUCUGGCAGAUGGUUGGGGAAGCCUCACGAGUUCAUCCUGAACAUCUCUGGAAAUGUGAGGCGUAAACUGGCCAACAUCUCGCGAUCUGACAGGUCAAAGAGUACAGAUCCAAAGCACCAAAGCAACAGAGACAACAGCCACGCACAUUUGCAAUCAAAGAGACUCUCCUGUCCGACAAAUUUGGGUAAUUACAUGCCAAAGCUCUCUUAUCUGCAUCGUUCUCACUCUAACCUACCCCAGACGCAUGAAGCAUCAACAACAGACUUUGAUAAGUUUAUUGCUUUGAUGAAAAGCAGAAGUAGGAAACCAAUUAUUUGCAAGGACACAAUUAGUUAUGUAUAGAUUAAACAAAAUGAACACUGACUCUUGUGUUUCAAACACAAGGCGUACAUUAAUCUCCCUUUUUUUGUAUCACUUUUUGAUAUAAGCCAAAAUGUUUAUAGCCAUGUAGUUUGUGUACAUUUUUAUAUUUUAUACAAUGCCUGAAAAUAAACAAACAAUUCUUCAA